CAUCAUGUUAACCGGGGUAUCGGGAGUAGGUCCCAGGCUGGCGUUGGCGCUGCUCUCCAGCCAAAGCACGGCUAAUCUCCAAGGGGCAAUCUCCCAAGGCAACGUCGAGUCGCUGAGUUCGGCCCCUGGCGUCGGACGGCGAACGGCGGGCCGGAUAGUUGCCUUUAAAUCAAGAACAAGCUGGCCGACGGCCUCCCCGAGGCUGCCCCAAUGCCCGGCUCCCAGGACGCCGAGGUUGUCGAAGCGUUGAUGGCCCUGGGAUACUCCACUUCCGAGGCCCGCCAAGCCGUAAACCGCUUGACCGACGCCGGUGACAUUCCGUUGGAAGAACGCAUUCGAAUGGCGUUGCAGAAUUUCGGGUCUGCGUGAAGCAUUAGGUUGCCAUAAUUUGAUAGGCCGUUGUUAUCUCCACGUCACGAACCGGCAAUUACUAUACACAGAGGUGAAGGGUGACCACACAGAACAUUAAGGCAGAAGCUCAUAUCCUCGUGGACCAACUUUCGGAUGAGGCGACUUGGGAAGACUUGAUGUAUCGUAUAUACGUCAGACAAGCCGUUGAAUCAGGACUGCGAGACGUAGAGAACG